AACAGGGCGAGAAAAGCUCUCAGAACCAUAACGGUUAUAUUAGGCGCCUUCGUAAUCUGCUGGACCCCAUGGCAUAUUCUUUCCCUAAUCAUCGGAUUCUAUGGUGACCAUCUGCCGGAUUAUAUAAGCGGUUUGAUGUACAGCAUCUCCUAUUGGCUCUGCUAUCUCAACAGUCCAAUUAAUCCCUUCUGCUAUGCCAUGGCCAACCAACAGUUCAAAAAAACUUUUAUCAGGAUUUUGAAGUUUAAUUGGAGGAGGUCUUGA